AUGGCACUUUCCCAGGCAGCAGCCGUUGUUGAAAAGAUCAUCGGCCAUACAGGCGAUGCUACUACCGAACAGAACCUCACCAAUCCUUCGAAAGAUGUUGAAAAAUAUGCGGACCCUUCUGGUGAAAAGAUGAAAGCACUUGUGUGGAAUGGAAAGAACAGCGUAAAAGUUGUCGAGACUUUCAAACCUGCAAAAAUUGAAGACACGGACGUUAUUGUCAAAGUCACAGGGUCAACGGUCUGUGGUUCAGAUCUGCAUCUCUACCACGGUGUGGUGGUUGAGCUUCAGAAGGGCGAUAUUCUCGGCCACGAGUUCUGUGGCGUGGUGGACAGCGUGGGCCCCAAGAUCAGCAAAGUGAAGCCGGGGGACCGCGUGGUGUGCAGCUUUCAGAUCGCAUGCGGCAGCUGCAUGUACUGCAAACGGAAAUUGAGCAGCCAAUGCGAGAAGACCAAUGACAACAAGAUCGAGAACAUCAUGUAUGGCGGUCGCACGGCGGGCAUGCUGGGCUACUCACAUUUCACCGGUGGUUAUGCUGGCGGGCAAGCAGAAUACGUCCGUGUGGCUUACGGCGAUACCAACCUUUUGAAACUGCCUGACAACGUGCCCGAUGAGAAAGGCCUCUUCCUCUCGGAUGUGUUGAGCACGUCAUGGAAUGCCGUCGUCGACACGGGAGUCAAGGAAGGUGAUGUGGUCGCUAUCUGGGGCGCAGGUCCCAUCGGCCAGAUGUGUGCAGCCAUGUCGUUCAUGUGCGGUGCUAAACGUGUGAUCAUCAUUGAUGGCGGUGAGGCGUCAUGGCGCCUCGACUUUGUCAAAUCCAAGCUCCCCAAGGUUGACACAAUCAACUUUACCGACCUUCCCAAGGGCGAAAACAUUGUUUCAACAUUGAAGAAGAUGGAACACCAGGGUCCCGAUGUCGCCAUUGAAUGUGUGGCGGGCGAGUAUGCGAAGGGCUGGGCUCAUUACUUCGAGCUGCUCCUUGGUGCUGAGACAGACACUUCGGAAAUCGUCAAUGAGAUGAUCAUGAGCGUCAAGAACUUUGGCCGCUGCGGUAUCACAGGCGUGUAUGUUGGUUACACGAAUCACUUCAACAUCGGGUCGCUCAUGGAACGUGGUAUUCGGCUGAUCGGCAACGGCCAAGCUCCUGUGCACUUGUACUGGGAAGAUCUCCUCAAGAAGAUACAAGAUGGUAGCUUGGAUGUCUUGCAGAUGGUCAGCCAUCGUGUGUUAUUGGAAGAGUUGGAGGAAGUGUACAAGCGGUACGAUGCGCGUGAGAAGGGUCUCCAGAAAGUCUAUGUGCAGACCAAGUUCAGUGCACCGCCGAGUGAAGGAUCCCCUCAAUUGACCAAAUAUGGGACAGCAUGA